AUGGUUGUGUUUUAUGCACCAUUCAAGUUAUGUUAUAGUGUUCAUUUACAGUUAAUUAAUUUUCAGAAGAUAUGGAGAAUCAUAAUUUAUGGUUUUAUUUUUCAGUUUCAGUGUUAUAACUCUUCAUUCACACAGAUUGAAAUCUGGAUCAGAUUUGUGUUUUUAUUCAUGACAUUUGUAGCAACAUGUGUGUUUGGUAAUUCUUUGAAGAAGUUUACUAUACGAGAUUGGUCAAUAGAACAAAGAUGGAUGUCUUUACUACUAACUCCACUAUUAUUGUAUAAUGAUCCAAUAUUUCCGCUGACAUUCCUAGUUAACAGCUGGGUACCUGGAAUGUUUGAUGCCUUGUUCCAAGCCUCUUUUCUUUGUGGUCUGUUAUUAUUCUGGUUGUGUAUAUAUCAUUAUGUCAGACAGCCUGACAAAAGAUUUGUAAAGUUCUAUAUUCCAAAGUUACUAAUAGUAGGACUGAUCUGGAUUUCUGCAGUAACUUUGUCUUCCUGGCAGGCAUAUAAUGAAAUACAAGAUCCUACCUAUUAUUACAGACUGGAUACUACUAAUUUUCAGCGUUUUAAAAUAUUCGUCUUCAUUGUUGGAGGACUGGUUCUUCUGUACUUAGGGUAUCUGUUAAUCAGAGCUUAUGCAGAGCUGAGAUCUAUGCCAUAUUUUGAUUUGAGGUUAAAGUUCAUGACGUUUUUGAUGUUAAUAGUGUUGACAAUCAGUAUUACAAUAACAGUGAAGAGAUAUGGUGCUGCAGCUUUACAAGAUAAUUUUGUAGCAGAAUUGUCCACAAACUACAAAAAUUCAGCAGCAUUUGUCGCAUUUUAUGGUCUGCUAAAUUUAUAUAUAUACACAAUGGCAUCUGUGUAUUCGCCUUCCAAAUAUGCAAUAAAUAAGAGCAAUUUUAAAGACAAUCCUGGUAUGAGCAUGUUGAAUGACUCUGAUGAAGAUGUGCAUUAUGGGUCAGACCAAGAAGAAACAACACUGACAACAAGUCGACAUGUCAGUCGUUACCAUGACAGUGAUGAAGAAAUAUUCCGACGGUGA